UGUUUUGCAACAGAUACAUUUACCUCAAAGACAGUUGCAUUACAGACGUUACUGAAUUUAAAACUAUACCUCAGACUGUAUAUAUAUAUAUAUAUACAGUAUAGAGAUGCGUGUUUAUUUGCUGCACGCACUUUUCCUACUUUCUUUAUGGAACAAAGGGUUAACAGCCGACCUUACAGGAGAAUAUGGCGACAUUGGGAAAAUAAAACCAACAGGGGCUUCACAGGCGACUGCCCAACAGGACAAGCUGACUUAUAAAGGUGUUGCUGCAUCAAGAAAACUAGCUUUGACCGAUUUAUGCCGAGUGGAGAAAUACAAAAAAAUAAUCCUAAAGGCCGCCGCUCAAUGUAAAGUGGAUCCCGCUAUUAUUGCAGGUAUUAUGAGCCGGGAGACUCGCGGGGGCAAUGGUCUGGAUAAAAACGGUUUCGGAAAGUCGGGCAAUGGUUUUGGUUUGAUGCAGGUAGACAAACGUUCUCAUGUCCCUAAAGGUGGUCCGUACAGUGAAGAACACAUAAAGCAAGCUACACAAAUCUUAGUUGAUUUAAUAAAAGCAGUUCAAAACAAGCAUCCAACUUGGACGAAGGAACAGCAGCUACAAGGCGGAAUAGCAGCUUACAACGUUGGCGUUGAUGACGUCGACACGGUAGCUAAUACCGACGUGGGGACAACUAAUAAUGAUUACUCGAAUGACGUGAUCGCAAGAGCCCAGGCAUUCAGGGCGAGGGGAUUCAAAUAAUUGCUUACAGCUGUAUGUAAACGCUUCUUACUUAACCGAGAUUGUACAAUAAUAAGUUGUAUAGUAGGGUGGGGUAAGACACCUUUAACACAUAAUAUCCAAAUAUCCUGAACCUGUUUUAAACAAUUAAC